AUGAAUUAAAAGCCUUAAAGUAGAAGUGCUUCUGCAAUCAUCACAGCAUUUACUUAAUAAUAGUAUAUAGAUUAUCUAAGGAUUUAGUUAAGAGAUUCAAUUACUAGAUGCAUAAAGAGAGUUUGAUGAGAUUACAAAAGAGAUGAUGCAAAGGAGGAAGAGGUUAUUGAAAUAGAAUGAAAAAGGAGUAUAGAAUGAGAAGGUGGACACAUCUAAGGCAGAGAAAUUCAAAAACAUGGUACAACAUUUUUAUUAUUUUUAGGAUGAACAUUCCAUACCGUUAACAGAAUUAGAAUAAAGACUAUAAACUUCCUUGAUAAAUGGGUUAUCUUCACAUUAGAUAGAUGAAAAAUUGAAGUAAUAUGGGAGAAACACACUCACUUAGAAAGAAAAGUCUCCAUGGUAUAUAUAAUUGUUACAUGAAUUAACAAAUGUAUUUGCUUUAUUACUUUGGGGAGCAGCAGGAUUAUGUUUUUUAGCAUAUGGAUUAACUCCAGAAGAUCCAUCUAACGUAAAAAAAAAACAUUAUUAUUUAGUUAUAUCUUGGAAUAGUUCUAAUUGCUUGCAUUUUAAUAACAGCUCUAAUGACUUAUUUUUAGAAUAGGAAAUCAGAGGCAAUAAUGGAAGGAUUCGUAAAUUUUAUACCUCCUGAAACUAUUGUGAUACGUGAUGGCAAAUAGUAGAAACUUCCAGCAAUUGAUUUAGUUCCAGGAGAUAUAGUAAUUAUAGAAUUUGGAAAAAAAAUACCUGCUGAUAUAAGAAUUAUUGAGAGCAACCAAAUGAAAGUAGAUAAUUCAAGUUUAACUGGUGAAUCUGUGUUAUUGAUAAGAUCUCCAGAAUGUACUCAUUAAGAAAAUCCAUUGGAAACUAAAAAUCUUGUCUUUUUUGGUACUCUAUGCAAAGAAGUAUUUAAAUACAUUAUUUAAAGGGUACAGGUAAAGGUUUAGUCAUCUUUACAGGAGACAAAACAGUGAUUGGAUAAAUAGCAGGAUUGGUUUAGAGUUCUAUUGUAGAUGAAACACCAUUAAAAAAAGAGCUUGAUGCAUUUACAGUAUAUAUAGCUAUUAUAGCUUUGUCUAUAGGAAUUUUAUUUUUUGUAUUAGGUUUUGCAGUAGGAUAUCGUAAUUAUUAUUAUAUAAUGCUUAGCUGCUAUUUAAAAUUUAAUAUUUGCAGUUGGUAUAAUAUCUGCAAAUGUUCCUGAAGGUUUAUUAGCUACAGUAGUUGUUGCUUUAUCAAUAACAGCAAAGAAAUUGGCAGGUUUGAAAGUAUUAGUAAAGAACCUUGAAGGAGUAGAAACAUUAGGAUCUACUUCUUGUAUUUGUUCAGAUAAAACAGGAACUUUAACUUAGAAUAAAAUGACUGUUGAAAACAUUUGGUAUAAUGGUAAGAAGAUGAGAGGACAUAAUAAAUAAAAGAUGGGUCCAAAAUUCAAUUAUUAAUAUAAUGAUUAAGACCCAACAUUUAGGUUAUUACAUGAAACAGCAAUACUUUGUUCAGAAGCUGUCUUUGAUGAUACUUUACCUUAGAAUAUAAUGAUGAAGAUUAAUAAUUCAAUUGGUUUUUCAUAAGCAUAAAAAGAGUAAAAAUUAGAGGAAGCUAGAAUAUAAUGGUAGAAGGACAUAUAAAAAUUAAGUUGUUAAGAAAAACCUACUAUUGGAGAUGCAUCAGAAACUGCUCUUAUAAAGUUCUUUUAACCAAUUGAAGAUAUAUUAGAAACUAGAUCCAAGAAGAAAAUUGCAAAAGAUAAAAAUUAAUAAAUUGCAAGAAAACCUUUUAAUUCAACAAAUAAAUUUGCAUGUAUUAUCAUAGAAGACGAACAAAUAGAUUCUCAUUUUUGUUUAUUGACUAAGGGAGCUCCUGAAAAGAUUUGGUCAUUAUGUGAUAGUAUAUAUUGUAAUGAGAAAGUUGAAAUUAUAGAUGAGAGAUGGUCUAAUGAAUUUGAUUUAAUUAAUAGUAAAUUAGGAAGAUAAGGUGAAAGAGUAUUAGGAUUUUCAAGAAUUCCAUUACCUAAAUCUCAAUUUCCAAAAAAUUAUAAAUUUGAUUUAGACAAUUUUAACUUUCCAUUCAAAUAAUAAACAUUUGUUGGUCUCAUUUCUUUGAUUGAUCCACCAAAAGAUUCAGUCCCAAAUGCAGUGUAAAAAUGUAAAUCUGCUGGUAUUCAAGUAAUUAUGGUUACAGGAGAUUAACCAGUUACUGCAGCAGCUAUUGCAAGAUAAUGUAAUAUAAUAACAGAAAAAACAGUAAAUGAAAUAAUGGAAGAGAAAAAUAUUUCAUUUGAAGAAGCUUUUCAUUAAUCAAAUGCUUUAGUAAUUCAUGGAGAUAGAUUAACAAAAAUGGCUAUUGAUGAUGAAGGAUUACCUGAAGAAGAAAAAGGAAGAUAAUUAUAAGAAUGGCUAAACAAACCAUAACUUGUUUUUGCAAGAACUAGUCCUGCUUAAAAAUUAAUUAUUGUAACUGGAUGUCAAAAAAGAGGACAUAUAGUUGCAGUAACAGGGGAUGGUGUUAAUGAUAGUCCAGCUAUAAAAAAGGCAGAUAUUGGAAUUGCUAUGGGAAUUACAGGAUCAGAUGUAGCUAAAGAUGCUGCUGAUAUGAUUUUAUUAAAUGAUGAUUUUUCUAGCAUUGUUGUUGGAAUACAAGAAGGUAGAAGAAUAUUUGAUAAUUUUAAAAAAGUAAUAGUUUAUUCAUUAACCUCUAAUAUUGCAGAAUUAAUUCCAUUUUUAGGAUUUAUUGUAUUUAGAUUACCAUUGCCACUUACUACUGUUUUAGUUUUGUGUAUUUAAGUAGGAACUGAUAUAUUUCCAUCAAUGGUUUUUGUAUUUGAGGAAGCUGAUUUAGAUGUGAUGACAAGGCGACCUAGAAAUAAAAAUGAACAUUUGGUUGGAGGUUAAUUGAUUACUUUUGCCUAUGCUUAAAAUGGAGUCUUAGAGACAUUUUGUGGAUUCUUUUAAUGGUAUGUUUCCUUUAAUGAUUUUGGUUUUACUCCAUCAUCUCUUUAUUUCUUAUUGAAUAAAUAAGGAGUUCUUCCAAAAUAUAAUGAUCUUUAUAAUCCUAAAGAUCCAUGGUUCGGUAACUCUAAUCUUAGAGAAUCUUACCCUAAUGGAGUUUGUGAAGGAACUGAUCUAAUAGGAUAAGAAGAUAUAGAUUGGAUAUAUCCUAAGCAUGGAGCUCAUGAUUUAAGAAUGGCUUUACUCAAAUGUGAAAAUGGUAAAAUAGUUUCAAAUAUGGAAUGGGGAGAUUGUAAUAUAGAUUUAAUAUCUCCUGUAACAAAAAGACCAUAUUGCUAUCAUACAGAAGCAUCAAGUUAUUCAUAGACUUCCUUCUUUUUUGGAGUUGUAUUAGGAUAAAUUUGUAAUUAUCAAGCAUUAAGAUAACUCAAAGGAUCAGCAAUCUAUAAUGGUAUCUUUUUAUAUUUAUGUUUAGGAUUUGAUAAUGUUUAUAUGUACUUGGCAUAUUUUAUUGAAUUUUUAAUUACUUGGAGUCUAUCAUAUAUUGAAGUAUUCAAUACAGGAUUUGGAACCAGAGACAUAUUGUUUAUACACUAUGGAAUUUGUGGUCUUCCUUUUGGAAUAGUUUUGAUUCUUUGGAAUGAAGGAAGAAAAGUUUGUGUAAAUAAUAUAUAUUAAUCUUAGAUACGUAUUUUUAAAUCAAAAACUUCUUUUCCAAGUUGGUGGGAUAGAUGUGUUGUUUAUUGA